UUGGAUCAAUAAGAAAAAUGUUUUCAAUUUACGACGUAGAGCAGUUACUUGAGCUUCACUAGGAUAUACAAACGUUCAAUCUGAAAAUCGAAGAAAUUCCCAACGAGUUCUAAUUUAUUGCAGAGUGAAACUGUUAUUGCAUUUUGCUAUUAGCGUGUCGCAUCAAAAUUGCAACGAGUAUAGUCAACUAAAUAGGACACAAUAAUGUUACCUUCAACUGCGGUUCCGAAGAAAACAUCGACCAGCCUUCUAUGUGAAUUGACUCGUCUAAAAUCACAGCAAAAAUAUCUGGAAUGCAGCCAAAUGAAAAUUAAUCCGGAACAUUAUGACGAUGGCGAUGAAGACAAGGACACUGUAUAUGAAAUUGAAAACCUAAAAGCCAAUUUGGAAAAUCAGCUGAAUGAAUUUCGUGAAGCAGCUCGUCGUGACGUUCAGGAUGUUUGGAUUUUCAUUAACGCAAUUAAGGAUGACGUUUUCAACCAGGAGAACUUUCAAAAGUGUACAGUGAACGGAAUUCGUGACAGAAUAAUUGGAAUCAAUUUGCAUUUGAGUAAACUCAUAGAUAAAAAUAGGGGAUGUUUGCAAGGAUUGCAAAAGUCUUAUGAAGAAUUGAACAGUGGUUACAAAAUUAAAUUUUUGUGAUGGUUUGCAUCUAUUUCAAUUUAAAAUAGUAACUCAGACAGAUUUUAAAUUCGUUUUCCUUGGUAAUACGAUAAUACGAAAGGAGAGAAUAAUUAAUUCCGGAGGCACAGUAUUUGCAUGAUAAUAAAUAACUUUUGGUCGGAAA